AUGCGGCUCUUCAACUUAACAUUGCUGUUUGGAGCGGCUGCGCUGGUCGUUGGGCAAUCGCCAGACCUGGACGACGACGAGGAAGAACCGCCCCGGGAAGCCACGCAAUUCAAUGGGAAAAAGGUCCCGCCGAUGCUCGAGUUGACCCCCGACAACUGGGAGAAAGAGCAUAAGGCGUCCAAGUACUUGCUGGUCAAGCAUUACAGCUUCCGAUUCGCCGAUAUCAACUGCGUCGCAUACAACGACCUGUGCGGAAAGCAUAAAGUCUCGUCAUGGCCAAGCACCAUUCUUUACGAGGAUGGCGAGCCAAUUGUCACUUUCAAGGGUGUCAAGAGCAUGAGCGUCUUGAGCGGCGCCGUGGAGGAUGCCCUGGAGAAGGCCAAGCCGGGGACACGCCCGGCUACGCUUGAGUUGCCGGAACCGGGCGCCGAAUCGACCGGCCCCAUAAACAGCAGACCGGCCGACAAGGGCGAACCAGACGCGAAGAGCACGACGGAUGGGGGGGCCGAGGAGAAGCGCAAAGUAGCCCCUGCUCCACCGAUGCCCCAGGCGCCAGCCCAGCCCGAAGAGACAACGAGCCCGAAGUACGCCACGGUUACAUACAACCCACCCCAGCAGAAGAUCUUGACGCCGAAGAUGACACCGAAUCCUAAUGGCAUAUCGGUGGCCCUGACGGCCGAUACUUUCAAGAGUUUGGUGACUAAGACGCACGAACCCUGGUUUGUUAAGUUCUAUGCGCCGUGGUGCCACCACUGCCUUAGUAUCAAGCCGAACUGGGAGCAGCUAGCCAAGGAGGUCAAGGGCCGGCUCAAUAUCGGUGAAGUCAACUGCGAUGCCGACCCCCAGCUUUGCAAGAACGUCGGUGUCAAGGGCUAUCCCACCUUCCUUUUCUUCCGGGGUGGCGAGCGCGUCGAAUACCAGGGCCUCCGUGGCCUGGGUGACUUUAUCCAGUAUGCCGAAAAGGCCAUCGAUCUGGCGAGCGGCAUUCAAGACGUCGAUGCUGAGUCGUUCAAGGCUCUCGAAGAGAAAGAGGAGGUCAUCUUCCUGUACUUUUACGACCACGCCACCACGACCGAGGAUUUCAAUGCCCUCGAGCGUUUGCCCCUGAGCCUGAUCGGUCGCGGAAAGCUGGUCAGGACACGGGUACCUAAGCUGUACGACCGGUUCAAGAUCACCACGUGGCCGCGGUUGCUUGUGGCGCGCGAAGGGCGGGCUACCUACUACCCCCCCCUCAGCCCGAGGGAGAUGCGUGAGACCCAUCUGUUGAUGAACUGGGUCAAAUCUGUCUGGCUGCCUCUGGUGCCGGAGCUCACUGCCUCCAACGCGCGCGAGGUCAUGGAUGGCAGGAUCGUUGUCCUUGGAAUUUUGAACAGAGAGAACCAAGACUCGUUCCAGGGUGCUAUCCGGGAGAUGAAGAGCGCGGCCAACGAGUGGAUGGACAAGCAGAUCCAGCUGUUCCAACUCGAGCGCCAAGAGUUGCGUGACGCCAAGCAGCUGCGCAUCGAGGAGGCCGAGGACCGCGAUGACCACCGGGCGGCUCGUAAUGCAAAGAACAUUAGAAUCAACAUGGAUCGGUCGGAUCGCAAGGAGGUGACGUUUGCGUGGGUCGAUGGUGCCUUUUGGCGGAAGUGGAUCCGCACCACAUACGGCAUUGACAUCAAGGACGGCGACAGGGUGAUCAUUAACGACGAGGAUAACCGGCGCUACUGGGACCAGACCAGCACGGGCAACCCGAUCGUGCCGUCGCGCACCUCGAUCCUCGAGACCAUCAACAAGGUCACGGCCAACCCGCCCAAGCUCAAGCCCAAGCUCACCAUCGGCUUCUUCGAGAAGAUCGUCUUCGACGUCAAGACCACCUUCAAGGAGCACCCCUAUCUCAGCUCGGGCUGCGUCCUGGGCAUCGCCUUCGGCUGCCUCUCCCUCUUCCGCGGUAGGAUAAGGAAGACGAGGGGCGGCCACUUCCGCCUCGACGAGCCCGCUAACAGGGCGCCGCUCUUGGGGGUGUCGGCUAACGGCAACAAGGUGGACUAG